AUGCUUGCGGGUCAUCCUGUGAACCCAGCUGUUGGGAUCCAUUUCCUCAAACGUGCACUUUUCAAUGCGUCACUGGCUGUCGAUGUAGGGAUGGUUUCCUACGAGACGAUAAAGGAAGAUGCGUUCGAAAUUGUGGUCGUGAGUUCAUUGCUCUAUUUCCUAUUUCAAGCCGUUCAGGAUGGCCAAAAGUCCUGUGAUACGCCGAAGAGGCAGUACGAUUCCGGAUUUUCCCACACAGAGUCAAGAAUAUUCGCUCAAUGUUCACAUUGUUGGCAACAAAUACUUGAGAUGUUCAACUUUUCUUAG